AUGAACUGGGAAGGUGGUUUUUACAAAUAAUAAGUGUAGGAAAUUAAGGAAGAACCUAAUAAGAGGGAUAAUGUAAGAAGGGAUUAUAAUUAAUAAUCAUAAAAUCUUAGAGAUUAGUAAGCAAAUCAAGGAUAUACAAAUUACAAUACAGAUAAAUAUGAAGAUAGUGAACAGAAAUAAACAGAAUAUUACAGACAAUAAAAUUAUGAUUAAUAGCAAAAUUAUAAUCAAAAAUAAAGACAAUACAAGUAGUAAUACCAGAACUCAAGAGAAUAAGGUUAAUUAUAAUAAUAAAGCCAUUAAUAAACUAAUGAUUUUUAAGAAAGAAAAAGCAAUAGAAAAUACAGCCAAAAUAAUUAAGGCUAUUCAAAUUGGUAAUAAGGGCCUAAUUAAGGGUUUUAAAAUCCACAAAGAAAAAAUUCUAAUGAUAAUGAUCAACCAUUCUGUUAUCCGUAUAUAGAAGGAAAAGAGAAAAAUACAAAUUAGGAGGCCAAUGUUGAUAAUAAUAAUAAUCAUGAGGAAAGGAGAAAUAAUUAUAGUUAACAAGAAAAGAGAAGCCAAAAUUAUUAUUAAUAUAGGGAACCUCCUCAUCAUUCAUAAGUGAGAAAGGAUAGAAGAGGAGAAAAUUAUAGUAGUACAUUAAACUAAUCAGAAUAGAAUUAAAAAUACAAUAAAAGAAAGUUCAAUUUAUAAAGGAAUAAUAAUAAUGAUUAAAAUAGAUCAGAUAAUAAUAAUUCAUUUGAGGAUCAUUAUUAUAAAAAGGAUUAAGGAAAUUAAAGAUAGAAAUACCGGAGAAGGAGCAGUGAUGAUUAUGGACUUAAUGAAUACGGCAUAUAUGAUGACGAUAAUUAUGACGAUAGAAGAUUCAAGAAUAAAGGAGCGAAGGGAAAUAACAAUAAAACAAAAUCUAAGUAUUAAAAUUUUGAAGAAUAUUGGACUGAAUAACAAAUAGAAAAAGGAAAGGCUGAAAAUGAGAUUUUUGAAGGAAUCUUUAUGGCUAGCGAAUUUACUAGAGAAAAGAGUGCUAUUAAAUGUCCGAUAUUUAAGAAGAAAGUACAUAUUAAUUCCUUUGUUGAUACAAAUAGAGCAUUUCAUGGAUCUCUUGUUGCUUUCACAAUUACUAAAAUAUCAAAGCAAUAAGAAGAAUCUGAAAAUGACUUAGAAGAAGAUGUAAUAAGUGAGUAAAUUCCAAUACAUAAUAAUAUAAGUGUUGAAUAACAGAAGGAAGUUAAGUAAGUGAAUGAUGAAAAAGAAGAGCAAAAUGAUGAUAUAGAUAAUCAAGAGGAUAAUAUUGAUGACAACGUUUCAGAAGUAUCAGAUAUCUACGUUGUUAAGAAGAAGGUGUCCAUAACUAGCAUAUAGAAAUUACAAAAGGCCAGUCUUACAGGUAAAAUUGUUGGAAUUAGGAAAAAUCCAUUUGAAUAAAGACAUUUAGUUGGAAGGAUAUGUUUCGAUGAAAAACAUGAGUAAUAAGAUAAAUAAGUAACUAAUAAGGAGGAACUGAUAAACUAUAUGCAAUAAAAUUAUCAUGUUUCAUUUAAGUGUGUUAAUAAAAGAAUCCCAUUCUUCAAUGUGAAAGAACUACUUACUUUUAAUUAUGAAUUGGAUAAUGAAGAACCUGUUUAGAAGUUCAUGGAUUAUGUGUCAUAGAGAUAUUUUUCAGCGAAAUACUUAUAAUGGCCCAGAAAUAAAAAAUACCCAACUGUUGAAUUGAUUAAAGAAGUAGGAGUACAGGGAAAUAUUGAUGUGGAAUGUGAGGUUAUAUUAACAGCGAAUUCAGUAUAUGAGAAUGAUUUUUCAGAGAUGUGUAAGGAAGAAUUGAAGGCAUUUACUCAUGAUUCAAUAGCUAAAGAAAGAGUCAAUAGAAUGGACUUAACAAAAGAAUAUAUUUGUAGUAUAGAUCCUGUGACUGCCAGAGAUUUGGAUGAUGCAUUAAGUAUUAAUAAUUUAGGAAAUGGUAUUUAUGAGAUUGGAGUACAUAUUGCCGAUGUCUCUCAUUUUGUCAUUCCCAAUAGUGAAGUAGACAAGGAGGCAAUACUUAGAACAACUUCUGUUUAUUUAGUUCAUAAGGUUAUUCCAAUGUUACCGAGGAUUCUUUGUGAAGAGUUAUGUUCAUUGAAUAGAGAUGUUGAGAGAUUAGCAUUUUCUGUGUUCUUUAAGAUUACAAGUGAAGGAGAAGUGUUAUGGGAUAGUUUCAGAGCUGCCAAAUCAGUUAUUAGAAGCUGUGCAUAGCUAAGUUAUGAUAUUGUGAAUCAAAUCAUCGAUGGUGAGAUCGAGCAGUUUAGUUAAGGAGAAGAAAGGUAUAACGUUGCGGAAGGAUUUGAUGAAAAGAUAUUGAAAGAUAAGGUGUUAUUGUUGAAUAAUAUUGCACAAAAGAGAAGGGAAAAGAGAUUAGAGGGAUCAAUAACAUUUGAAAAAAGCAAAUUAAGAUUUAUUCUUAAUGCUGAUUUAUUUCCGACUGGUUACACUGAGGAAAAGAGAGGACUAGCUCAAUUUAUGGUGGAGGAAUGGAUGUUAUUGGCUAAUUAAUUUGUGGGCAAGAAGUUGAUUGAAUAUGAUACUAAAACAGCUGUCCUUAGAUAACACAUAUCUCCUAGAGCAGAAAAAUUAGAGUAUUAUCAAAACCUAUUGGAAGCGUGUGGAUUAGAGGAAAUGGCUAAAAAUUUGGAUGUGUCGACAUCUAAAAAUUUAAAGUUAACUAUGGCUAAGGUGAGUGAAAUAGAAUCUGAAGAAAUUAAAUUGAUUUUAGGGUUCCGUCUAUUGAAAUUAAUGGAAGCAGCUCAAUAUUUUGUUGUUGAUAAUACUCCAGAAAUAGAAUGGAGACACUAUGCCUUAGAUUUCGAUGUGUAUACACACUUCACAUCCCCAAUCAGAAGAUAUCCUGAUGUUCUAGUACACAGAAGAUUACAGAUUGCUCUUGAAUAACAAGAAGUUGAUCAAACUGGAGAAACCAAGGAUAAAUUAAAAGCUAUAAUGUAACAUUGCAAUGAUUGCAAAUUGAAUUCCAGAAGAGUUAGUGAUUAAUGUGAUUAAUUAUUCUUAGCUUUGCUCUUGAAGGCUAAUCCAGUGGAAGUAGAUGGAUAUAUCCUCUCUGUUACUAAACAACAUAUUGAGAUUAUCAUUCCAAAAUUCAAUUUAGAAAGAAGAGUUGAGUUGAAGAAUCUAAAAAAUACUUAUAAAUUCACAGUUCAAGAUGUGGGAGCGAAAAAAUAAGAGUUGAUAGUGUUCUACAAUGAUCCUGAGGAUGAGAAGGGAGUCAGAUUAUAUUUUGUGAAAUAAUUUUAAUUGGUAAAUAUAAAAUUAUCAGGUACAGAUACGUUCCCAAUAGAUUAUUAAUUACAAAUAAUAAUUAAUAAGAAAGUUUUAAUUUGAUUUGCAUUUAUAUAAGUCACACCAGUAUUUAA